AUGAAAGGUGGCAAGAAGGGAGCCAAGAAGAAAGUGGUUGAUCCAUUUUCUAAGAAAGACUGGUAUGAUAUGAAGGCACCUACUAUGUUCAAUAUAAGAAAUAUUUGGAAAACACUAGUCACCAGGAUUCAAGGAACCAAAAUUGCAUCUGAUGGCCUCAAAGGUCAUGUGUUUGAAGUGAGUCUUACUGAUCUGCAGAAUGAUGAAGUUGCAUUUAGAAAAUUGAAGCUGAUUACUGAAGAUAAAGUGAUGGAAAUCAUGACCAGAGAGGUGCAGACCAAUGACUUAAAAGAAGUUGUCAACAAAUUGAUUCCAGAUAGCAUUGGAAAAGACAUAGAAAAGGCAUGCCAAUCUAUUUAUCCUCUCCAAGAUGUCUUUGUUAGAAAAGUAAAAAUGCUGAAGAAGCCUAAGUUUGAGUUGGGAAAACUCAUGGAGCUUCACGGUGAAGGUAAUAAAUAG